AUGAAAACUGAUCAAUUUUAUUUGUACCAUUUAAAAAAAAAUAUAAAGUCCAAUAAAAUAAUAAAACCUUUAAUGUAUAGAAUACAUUUAAUAUUUUUAAAAUUAACACCUAUUUUUAAAUAUUGUGGUUUCUCUAUAAUAUUUUUUUUGAAAACAACAAACAAAAAAGAAAAAUUAAGAGUUUAUACUGACACCAAUCAUCUAAUAAUUAUUAAUAUGUUUAUUGUUUUUCCAUCUAAUAUUAUAGAAAAAAUAAAUGAUAAAAAUAUAAAAAAAAAACACAAUUAUAUAGAAAUUUAUUUAAAAGGGUUUGUAUUAGGUGGAAUAUAUAAACUUUUAACGUUUUUUUAUUAUAAGAAUAAAAAAGAAAGCAUAGAAGGAAUAUAUGUUUUAAAAAUAAGAAAACCUUUAGAAAAAAGGGAAUGUAAAAAUAAUAACAGUAAUUAUGUAGAGGAUUCUACUACUGAUAAUAAGUUUUAUUUAUAUUUUCAAAAUAAUUCAGAGACAAUAUUAAAUUUUGAUUUUAAAAAUAUUAAAUUUCUAGAUAAAAAUAGUUAUAAUUAUAUAAAUACGUUUUGUGAAUUCUUUUAUUUACCACUUAUUUUUCCAUGUUUACAAGAUAAUAUUUAUAAAGCAAAUUUUAAAUUAAGUAUCUCUUUUCAGAUAAAGUUAAAAGGUUCAAAGAAUCUUAAUAAUAAUUUUAAAUUGAGUUAUCUAUCUUCUUAUAAUAAAAUAAAUAAACAUAUAAAUUACUUAGAAAAUAUCAAUAAGUUACAAAAUAAAAACACAAAAAAAAGAAUAAAAAAAUGUAAAGAAAAGUUAAAAUAUGCAAAUACUAAAAAUGAAAGAAAUUUUAUUAAUGUCAUUAAUCCCUCAAACUUAGUUGUAACCAACAGUAAGUUAAAGAAUAUUCAUUACAGUAAGAUCAAAGUGUAUUUUAAUUCUUUUCUUUUAAAAAAACAUUCUAUAAAUAAAAGUAUUUAUUAUAUUAUUAUGAAUUUAUUAAAAAAUAAAUAUGGGAACCUAUAUAUAAUAAGAAAUUAUAAAAAAAGAAAAUUUUAUUAUUCUAAAAAAAUUAAUAAGUACAAUAAUAAAAAACUUUCAAAAUCAAAUAAAGAAAAAGAGUUUAUAACUUAUGAAUAUCAUAGAACUAAUAAAAUAGUCCAUUAUACUUUUUGCUUAUUCAUUGGUUUAUAUUUUAAAAUAUAUUUUAAAAUUAGGGGAUUACAUGUUUAUAUAUUCAUUGAAAAGAGCAGCUCAUAUAAUAAAAGUAAAUACAUUUUUUUUAUAAAUAUCUUAAAAAGUAUAUUAACAAUGUUUUUAAAAAUAAAUAUUUUUAGAAAAAAGUUAACUGAAGAAAAAUUUUUACAAUUCAUACUUUUAAGCAAAUAUAAAUAUAUAGGUGAAGAAAAUUAUAAUUGUUUUACAUUUCUUAUAUCAAUUAUUGAAGUAAACGAAAAUGAUAACAUAUAUAAAAAAUUAUUAUGCAUCAAAUUAGUUAUUCAUGAAAUUUUCCAUUCCUUAUGGGGAAAUUGUUUAUAUUUUAAAAAAGAUAAAUAUUUAUGGUGUAAAGAAGGUUUAACAAGAUAUUACGAAUUAAAAUUUAGUGAAACUUUUUUAAAAAAAAUUAAGAAAAAUUGUAAAUGCAUAUUGUCAAUUAGUUAUAUUCUUGAUUCUUUUUUUUAUGUUCAAGUUGCUGAUACCCUUAAUACUUAUAAUCAUACUUUAAAUAUAGAUAAUAAAGUAUGCUAUAAAUAUAUUCAUAAAAACAUAUUGAAAAAAAACAAAAAUAAAAGAAAUAACAACCAUUUUUACAAAAAAGAUAUUCAUCAUUUUUAUAAUUUUCUAACAUAUAAUAAGGGAAUGAAUAUUUUUAAAAUGAUUAGUGUUAUAUGCAACCCGUACUUUGAUAUUAUCAUGAAUUUUAUAUAUCAUACUUUUUUUAACCAUUCUAUUUCUUACAAAAAAAUUUUAAUAUUUUUUCAUUUUUUUUUCAUUCAUUUUCACAUUAAACCAUUUUUUCUUAAUUAUAAUGGAUAUAUAAAAAGAGUAAACCAACUAAAGACAAUUAUCAUAAAGAAAAAAAAGUUUCAACUUAAAAAUUUAGUAAGGAAUUUAAAAAAAAAAAUCAUUCACAAAAAUAAUGUAAUAUAUAUAUAUAAAAAAUCUAAAAGGAAAAAAGUAAAAAAAAAAUUUAAAAAAAUAAAAUCUGCAACAUAUUUGCAUUCACACAAAUCUAUUUUAUCAUGGUUUCAUUUAAAUUUUGUAAAGAUAUCUUUUAAAAAAUCAUUUUUAACAUAUUACAAGAAAAUAUAUAGAAAGAACAUUACAAAUAAAGUGGUAAACGAAAACAAAAUUAAAAGAAAUAUAAUACUAGCAAAAAAAUAUACCAAAAAAAAUAUUUUGAAAAAUAUUUUAGAAAAUUAUAUAAAUAUAGUUGGUCCUCCUAAAAUAUUUGUGAAAUUUUUAAAAAAUAAGAGCAAACUAUUAAUAGUUCAAAAGCAUUUUUAUUAUGACAACUAUGAACAAAAAUUUAAAGAAACUAACAUAUUAUUUCACAUCCCAAUUAUAUUUAUAUUUAAUAAUAAGAUCUAUAAAAUAUUAUUAAAAAAAAAAUUUAUUUUAAUUGAUGUUGAAAUAAAAAAUAAGAAAUAUUUAAAUGAUGAAAAUAAAAAAAAGAAAAAAAAAAAAUUCAGUGAAAAUACGAUUAUAAUAAACCCAAAAAAUAAAUGUUAUUUUUCAUAUCAUUUUGUUAAUAUGUAUUCAUUUAAAUUUCUUAUAAAUUCAAUAAAAAAUAGAAAAAGCUAUAAAUAUGAAAUAUUUAAUAUUAUUAUAAAUAUAAUAUUAAACUAUUUAAUUCACAUAAAAUCACGUAAUCAAGCAAAAUGUGUAAAUUCUUUGAUUUUAAGGCAAUUAUUGUUGGUUUACAAAUUAUUACAGACAAAAGUCAAUGAAAAAUGUGAUGCUUAUAUAAUUGGUAUAUUUUUAUGUAUAGAAUUUUUCAACUGCUAUUUUCAUUUUAGUUCAUAUUUCAUUAAUAUAGAAAAUAAUAAAUUAAAGAUGAAAAUUAAAAAAGAAAUAACAAAAAAUAAAUAUUUUGACAAAAUGGAUAGAAAAAUAGACUUUUUAUUGAAAGAUUUUAGAAGUUAUUUAUCGCAAAUAUUUUUUUUUUUUAAAGAAUCUAUAUGUACUAUGUAA